AUGGCAUCAACAAAUUCCGAUGACUCAUUAUUAGCAGCAUUGUCAGUAGCUACCUGUACGGAAGAAUUUAUUGAUUUUAUAUCUCUACCAGCUAUCGAUUAUAAGAUUAUGUUCUCAGUAUCGGUUGCUGGAAUUGGUAUUCUUCCCGGUGAAUUUGCUGCUGGCGGUGCUCUUCGAUUUCACUUACCAGUGCAAGAAAAGAAAAGCGUAAAUAUAACAGGAGAUGCAAAAUUUCCAAAUCUGGAAUGGAAAUAUGUAGUGCAAAUGCGAUUCCGCGUUGGAACAUGUGAAUCGGAUACGGAUCGUGUAGUAGAUGGUGAUUUAUUUGAGCUUGGAAAACGAUAUCCACCAAUUGUUCUUCGAAUUGGCGAUGAAAAUAUCCGACGUGUACGUAUUGAGAUGAAAUUCGUCGAAAUGAUUCAUAAUUUCUUGCCAACAUUCGAGUAUGGCGAUAUUACAUUAAAAUUCAAAGAUGAAAUUUUACAUGUAUAUAAAGCAUUACUUAGUUUGCACUCAAAUUAUAUGGCUGGCAAAUUGAAGUUUGCGGAAGAAGGUGAUGUGGUUGAUAUGGGUGAAAGUGAUGCAAAUGAUUUCAAAGAAUUGUUAUAUCAGAUUUAUCCAACUAAAAGACCAAUAUGGGCCAAUUUAAAGGGUUUAACUCGAGCAGCGGUCGGUUUCCAAGCGGAUGGUAUCAUAGAUCGAAUUACUUCCUACAUAGUAAACUAUGAAUCUAUGUAUAUGGAGCAGAAAAUAGCAGAAGCAAUCAAACUUGAACUGCCAAAUGCUAUCGAAGAAUUAGUUUAUAAAGCUGAACAAGAUGGAUAUUGGGUAGAUAUUAUCCGUAAUGGAUUAAAUCCAGAAUUAGAAUAUGGUGAUGCCAUAUAUAAUAGCAUUAUUUUGCCUGCAAUUGCUAAGGCUAAAUCAUUACCACUAGGAACACCAAUACGAGAUCAAUUCUUCAAAGAGAUUAAUUUUCGUAUUCCACCCAAGAAUGAUAAUGAUAAUGAUACAGUUGUGUUGAUAGUUAAUGGCAUUAAACUAUAUGUAAAUAGAGGUAUCAUGAAAAUAAACAAUGAUACAAUGUUUGGUCGAAGUAAUGAAGGCCAUAUGAUAGCGCAAGUGAGUUGUGAAUUAGCUGAAGAAUGCGUGAAAAUAAAUAAACCUCCGUUAUAUAUUAUUGAAGCCCUUCUGCAGCAUAUUCAUCCUCCGAACAAACCUAUCGAAAGCGUUUUGCUACGGCCAUUGCUUAUAUUCUGCAACGCUUAUCACAUGGAGAACGCUAUGAAUUCAAUUGAAGGCUAUUUAAUUCAAGAACCACCAGUUUCACCAGAACGAUUCAUAGAAUCUUUUGAAUUAGCCGAAAAAUAUAGCCUGGAAAAUCUUUUUCGCCGAAAUUUACAUCGAAUAGAAAACAGUUGCCGGCAUUUUGCGCUUCCAAUGAUCAAUCAUGCAAAUUUCAAGAAAUUGAUGGAACAAACAAGAAGCCAAAUUUUGGACAGAUUUUGUUCCGGAUGGGCUGUAGGAGGGAUGAAUCCAACAAAACGUUUGAGUCGACUGCUGACAAUCGAAGGUGUCGAUGGAAACACAGCUGCUGAACAAGACAAAAAAUUGUCAACAUUUAUGGAAAUCGAUUCUCAAGCAGCUUUUGGUAGUUCGGAAGAGAUAAAUUGA